AUGGAUCAAAUUCUUCAAGGAUUUGAGAAGUGUAUUUGUAAACAAGAUGACAUCUUGAUAGGGGGAGAUGAUUGGCAAGAGAAUCUCAAGAUACUUGCUAAGGUGUUGGACAGGCUGCACAAAUACAACUUGCACUUGAAACUACCAAAGUGUGAGUUUUUGAAGCCUGAAUUGGUUUACCUAGGUCUGAGAAUAAGUGCCGAAGGCCUGCAACCGGUGGAGGAGAAGAUCAGUGCAGUGAAAAGUGCCCCAGCGCCACAAAAUGUAAGUGAAUUAAGAUCUUUCCUGGGCAUGGUUCAGCAGACUGUGGAGAGAUCAAUCAGGCUUCUCAAGGGAAGGUGGCGAAAGCUACAACAUCUUGACCAUCUUAAUCUAAAACUAAUAGUCCCGCUUAUCAUUGGUGCCUGUGUUCUCCACAAUGUUUGCCUUAUACAUGAUGACUUUGAUGAAGGUUACAUGCUUGACAAUGAGGAUGAUGGUGACAAUGAUGGUGGUAAUGACAAUGGUAUCGCUGGACGAAAUGACAGAUUAGCCCAACAGAAGAGAAAUAAUUUGAAGGCUGUUACAUAUGCUAACCGCAUCUAA